GUUCUACUACGACUCUAAUAAUAGAAAAUUUUCGUUUGGUUCAUUAGCUUUAUGAGCAGUAAAUUUCUGUAGAUCCCUUUCAAAAUCAAUAUGAGAUCGAGACUAGCAGCUGAUACUGAUCGAUAAAUCCCUAACUCGAACUGGAUGUAGUUUUUGUUUUUUUUUUUUGAGAAAACGAACUCUUUGUUGCAGUGUUUGGCAGCAGCAAUGGCGGAAGUCGGAGCCGAAGUGAUGAACAAGCGGGUCAUCUUCAAGGAUUUCGUCACCGGUUUCCCAAAGGUUUCAGAUAUGUCGGUUACCAGCAACAGUAUGAGGCUGAAACUUCCCCAAUCUUCUAAUGCUGUACUGGUCAAGAACCUUUACCUUUCCUGCGAUCCCUACAUGCGGAUGCUCAUGAAACCUGGAGUCUCCGUCUCCGCAACUUCUUACACUCCCGGUGAUGUGCUGUUUGGGUUUGGAGUUGCGAAGGUACUGGAAUCAACGCACUCGAAUUUGAAGGAAGGCGACUUGGUUUGGGGCAUAACUAAGUGGGAAGAGUACAGUGUGAUUGAUAAGCCUGAAAGGCUCUUCAAAAUCCACCACACCGACGUGCCUCUCUCCUAUUACACUGGAAUUCUAGGCAUGCCUGGGAUUACUGCUUACUUUGGAUUCCAUGAAAUAUGCUGUCCCAAGAAAGGAGAAGAGGUGUACAUAUCGGCAGCGUCCGGUGCUGUUGGUCAGCUUGUUGGCCAAUUUGCAAAGCUUGUCGGUUGCCGUGUUGUUGGGAGUGCUGGAACUGCAAAAAAGAUCGAGUUGUUGAAAAACAAGUUUGGGUUUGAUGAGGUUUUCAACUACAAGGAAGAACCAGACUUAAACGCAGCACUGAAAAGGUGCUUCCCUCAAGGCAUAGACAUAUACUUUGAGAACGUCGGGGGAAAAAUGCUUGAUGCAGUGCUCCAAAACAUGAGGCAACGAGGCCGCAUAGCGGCAUGCGGGAUGAUGUCGCAGUACAAUCUGGAGCAGAAGGAGGGUGUACACAACUUACUGUACGUCGUGACGCAGAGGAUCCGAAUCGAGGGCUUCGAGGCUCCCGAUUUCUUCCAUCAGUACCCCAAGUUUCUGGACGCUGUUCUGCCUUACAUCAGAGAGGGCAAGAUUGCUUACGUGGAGGACGUGGCCGAGGGCCUCGACGCUGCCCCCGCCGCCCUCGUUGGCCUCUUCACUGGACAAAACACUGGCAAGCAACUCGUUGCCCUUGCCAGCAACUGAAUUCCGAAGGUUCGAACUUGCUUCCCUCUAGGCAUUAUGUGGAGUUUUGUUUGCUAUAGUUCCUUCGCGCUAAGUUGAUUGAAAUAAAGGCUGCCUGCAGCAGAGGUAAGAAUGCAACGGAUUAGAAGAGAGUCGACUUGGAAGGAAUCUUUUAGCUAGUUUUGUAAGCCAUAAGCAUAAGCAUAAUGAUCUUGUAAAUCUACUGUUUGUUUCCCCUACAUGUAAUGAGAUUGGAACUAUGAUAAAAUAGAAAUAUCCGGAGAAGUCUUUUCCAAUAGAAAUGGAAAAUCAUCGGCAUUGGUAUCGAUUUUAUUAUUA